AGCCGCGCUGAGGCGUGCGCUGGGUUUCCGGUGGCGAGCUUCCCUGGGCUCCAUGUGGGAACUGCUGUGAGGGGUUUGCGAUGUGCUGCCGAAACCCGCCCGCCCGCGGGAGAGAUGACGUCCUUAGCCCAGCAGCUCCAGCGCCUCGCGCUCCCGCAGAGCGACCCCAGCCUCCUGUCCAGGGAUGAAGUUGCCUCUUUGUUGUUUGACCCCAAGGAAGCGGCCACCCUCGACCGGGACACCGCCUUUGCCAUCGGGUGCACCGGCCUGGAGGAGCUGCUCGGCAUCGACCCCGCCUUCGAGCAGUUCGAAGCCCCCCUGUUCAGCCAGCUCGCCAAGACCUUGGCGCGCAGCGUGCAGACCAAAGCCGUGAACAAGCAGCUGGAUGAGAACAUUUCGUUGUUCCUCACUCACUUAGGAGGGCUGAAGCCAGCACACAAGUGUCUGGAGUGGCUGAUUCACAGGUUCCACAUCCACCUGUAUAAUCAAGAUAGCCUCAUAGCUUGUGUUCUCCCAUACCAUGAGACAAGAAUAUUUGUGCGGGUUAUACAGCUCCUAAAAAUUAAUAAUCCAAAGCACAAAUGGUUCUGGUUGUUGCCAGUUAAGCAAUCUGGAGUGCCCUUAGCUAAAGGAACUUUGAUUACCCACUGCUACAAAGAUCUUGGAUUCAUGGAUUUCAUUUGCAGUUUGGUAACAAAAUCUGUGAAGGUUUUUGCUGAAUAUCCUGGGAAUUCAGCUCAGUUGAGGGUUCUCUUAACUUUUUAUGCUUCUACCAUCGUGUCUGCCUUGGUGACUGCUGAGAACAUAUCGGACAAUAUCGUUGCUAAGCUAUUUCCAUAUGUCCAAAAGGGAUUGAAAUCAUCUUUACCAGAUUACAGAGCUGCAACGUAUAUGAUAAUAUGUCAGAUUUCUGUGAAAGUGACCAUGGAAGAUACCAUCGUCAAUUCAUUGGCCUCACAGAUCAUCAAAACAUUGACAAAAACCCCCUCUUUGAUCAAGGAGGGACUGGGUUGCCUGAUAGUGCUGCUGCAGAGGCAGAAGCCAGAGAGCCUGGGGAAAAAGCCAUUUCCUCACUUGUGCAAUGUUCCUGAUCUUAUUACAACACUGCACGGGAUUUCUGAAACAUACGACAUCAGUCCUCUUCUGCGGUACAUGCUUCCGCAUCUGGUCGUCUCCAUCAUUAAUCACGUUACAGGAGAAGAAACUGAAGGGAUGGAUGGUCAAAUCUACAGGAAACACUUGGAAGCUAUACUUACACACAUAUCAUUGAAGAACAACUUAGACCAUUUGUUGGCUAGCCUUCUUUUUGAAGAGUAUAUUUCAUAUAAUUCACAGGAAGAAAUCGAUCCUAAUAAAGCAUCUUUGCUUAAUGAACAGUUUCUUCCACUUAUCAGACUUUUAGAAAGCAAAUAUCCUAGAACGUUAGAUGUUGUCUUAGAGGAACACCUAAAGCAAAUUACAGACCUAAAAAAACAAGAACUUUUUCACCAAUUUAUCUCUCUUUCUACAAGUGGAGGGAAGUACCAGUUUUUAGCAGAUUCCAAUACCUCCUUGAUGCUCAGUCUGAAUCACCCACUUGCCCCUGUGAGACUUCUGGCCGUUAAUCAUCUGAAAAAUAUCAUGAAAACAUCAAAGGAGAGUAUCGAUGAGUCUUUCAUAACAGAAGCUAUUUUAACCCGAUUAGGUGAUGAUAGUAUAGACGUCGUUUUGUCGGCAAUAAGUGCUUUUGAGAUUUUCAAGAGCCACUUUAGUCCAGAAGUGACUGUUUCAAAUCUUCUGAAUCUCUUUCAAAGAGCAGAACUUUCAAAAAAUAGAGCAUGGUAUGAGGUCCUUGAGGCGGCAGCCGACAUACUGAUUAAAGAAGAGAUGCUGAGUGGAAACGAUGAGUUGGCAAACCAGGUGGUGGUGCAUCUGCUUCCAUUCAUGGUCAUAGACAGUGAUGACCUGGAGUCGGCCGAGACGAAACUCGCUAUUUAUUUAUCCAAGUCAGGAAUUUGCUCUCUGCACCCUGUGCUAAGAGGCUGGAAAGCAGCUCUUGAAAAUGUGAUUAAAAGCACAAAAUCCGGCAAACUAAUUGGUAUAGCAAAUCAGAAGAUGAUUGAGUUGUUGGCUGACAAUAUAAAUUCAGAGGAUCCUUCUUCAGUGUUAAAGCUGGUGGAGGAUUUAAUCAGCGUUGCGGAAAAGGAGUGCUUUAGCCUGAAGCAGAAAGUGACUUUUCACGUGGUCACGGGCGUGCUCGUCUCUUGCUGUUCAUCUUCAAAAGGAACUCACUUUCCAUUUGCGAUAAGAGCCUUCAGUUUGCUGCAGAAAAAAGUAAAGAAGCUGGAAAGUGCCAUGACUGCAGUGGAAGUGCCCCCGGAAUGGCAUGCUGAGCUGGUGCUGGACAGAGGGAUGCCAGUGCAGCUGUGGGCACAUUACAUCCAGCAGGUCCGCACUGCCCAGAGGAUUGCCGUGGAGGACUCGGUGUUACUCCUGUUCUCGCUGAAAAACUUUAUUCAUGCACUGAAGGCGCCUAAAUCCUUUCCUAAAGGUGGCGUGUGGUGGAACCCUGACCACCUGGAGGAAGACGGCAGAGACUACCUGCGCUUGCUCAUCGGGCUCUUCGAGAUCAUACUCAGUGGUGCCGACAGCACGCACUUCCGGGUGCUGAUGAAGGUGUUCAUGAAGGUACACCUAGAAGAUGUUUCUCAGUUAUUCAAGUUCCUUUCUGUUGUAUGGACCUAUGGGUCUAGCCUUUCAAAUCCACUGAGCUGCCGCGUGAAGGCAGCGCUACAGACGCAGGCCCUGUACAUGGGCUGUGCAGUGCUGACCUCGCAGAAGCCCCAGAGCAAAGCCCAGCUGUCCUCCAUGUCUUCCCCAGUAGUGGCAUCUCUUCUCCUUAACCUGGGGAGCCCCAUAAAGGAAGUGCGGAGGGCGGCCAUUCACUGUCUGCAGGCCCUUGGGGGCGUUGCCUCCCAGUUCCACCUGGUGAUAGAGCACGUGACUCCCAAAGCAGAGGAGGUCACCUCAGAUGCCUCCUACGUCAUCCAGGAUUUGGCUACGUUAUUUGAGGAACUCCAGAGAGAGAAAAAACUGAAGUCUCAUCAGAAGUUGUCUGAAACUUUGAAAAACCUGCUUUACUGUGUAUCUAGUUGCCCAUCUUAUGUUGCAAAAGAUCUGCUGAAAGUGCUUCAGGGGGUCAACAGUGAGAUGGUGCUUGCUCAGCUCUUGCCGAUGGCUGAGCAACUGCUAGAAAAGAGCCACAAGGAGCCCUCGGCUGUCCUGAAAGACGAGGCCACUGUUCUGCAUCUCAUUUUGGGAAAAUAUAAUGAAUAUUCAGCUUCUCUGCUACAUAAGGACCCAAAGAGUUUAGAUAUAUUCGUAAAAGCUGUGCACACCACGGAGGAACUUUUUACGGGCAUGCCAUCCGUUCAGAUUACAGCCCUCGAAAAGAUUACAAAGCCAUUUUUUGCUGCUAUAUCAGAUGAAAAAGUUCAGCAGAAGCUAUUGUGCACAUUGUUUGACUUACUGGUGAACUGUAAAAAUUCCCAUUGUGCUCAGACUGUUAGCAGUGUUUUUAAAGGGAUUUCCGUCAACGCCGAGCAAGUCAGAAUAGAACUGGAGCCACCAGAUAAAACAAAGUCCUUGGGCACAAUUCAGCAAACAAGAAGGCAGAAGAUGCAGCAGAAGAAAUCACAAGACCUAGAAUCUGUUCAGGACAUUGGAGGUUCUUACUGGCAAAGAGUGACCCUCAUCCUGGAACUACUGCAGCACAAAAAGAAGCUCAAAAACCCUCAGAUCCUGAUCCCAACGCUCUUCAACCUGCUGUCGAGGUGCUUAGAGCCUUUGCCUCUGGAGCAGGGAAGCAUGGAGUACACCAAACAGCUAAUUCUCAGCUGUUUGCUCAACAUCUGCCAAAAGCUCUCUCCAGAUGGCGGCAAAAUACCAAAAGACGUUCUGGACGAGGAGAAGUUUAACGUGGAGUUGAUCGUGCAGUGCAUCCGCGUCUCGGAGAUGCCUCAGACCCACCACCACGCCCUCCUACUUCUGGGGACUGUGGCCGGGAUAUUUCCUGAUAAAGUUCUACACAAUAUUAUGUCUAUCUUUACAUUUAUGGGAGCCAACGUCAUGCGUCUAGAUGAUACUUACAGUUUUCAAGUUAUUAACAAGACAGUGAAAAUGGUUAUUCCGGCACUUAUCCAGUCUGACGGCGGAGACUCUGUGGAAGUCACGAGGAACGUGGAGGCGAUCGUGGUGAAGAUCACGGGAGUGUUUGUGGAUGCGCUGCCACACGUCCCAGAGCACAGGCGCCUGCCGGUCCUGGUCCAGCUCGUCGACACCCUCGGUGCAGCCCGAUUCCUCUGGGUCCUCCUCGUCCUGCUGUUCGAACAGUACAUCACGAAGACCGCGCUGGCGGCCGCCUGCGGGGAGAAGGAUGCCAUGUUGGAAGCAGACACUGAAUUCUGGAUCUCCGUCUGUUGUGAGUUUAGUGUCCAGGAGCAGAUUCAAAGCUUGAUGAAUAUCCUCCAGUACUUGCUGAGGUUGCCGGAGGAAAAGGAAGAAACCGUUCCCAAAGUGGCAUCUCCUCCGAGCGAAGCCGCAGGGGAGCUGCUGCAGGUGUUCAGUGUGGACGCCCACACGGCCAAGCAGCUGCGGCACUUCAAGUUCCUGUCGGUGUCCUUCAUGGCCCAGCUCCUGGCUUCCAGCCACUUCAUCAGAAAGGUCGUUGAAAGCGGUGGUCCUCAGGCCUUAAAAGGCCUUGAACAGAGGUUGCUGGAGGCGGUCCUCGGCUACAUUAAUGCCGUUGCACAGUCAGUGGAGAAAAACGCAGACAAGCUAACUGGGAAGUUUUGGCGAGCGCUCCUCAGUAAAGCUUACGACAUGUUGGACAAGGUCAAUGCCUUGCUGCCCACGGAAACAUUCAUUCCCGUGAUUAGUGGGCUGCUGGGCAACCCCCUGCCGUCCGUCCGCCGGAAAGCGAUGGACCUUCUGAACAACAAGCUGCAGCAGAAGGCGUCCUGGAAGAAGAAAACCGUAAGUGACAGUGCGUCCAACCCACUCACCGCCCUGCGGUGUCAGAGCUGCCUGUGCCUCCCUUACGGGUCUCAUGGUACAGUCCACAUACGUAGGCUGUUAUCUGGAUAUACUGCCGUGGCACGCGUGUUUUCAACCAGGAUAUUAAUUCUGAGAUGCCUCUGUUGGGCAGUGUCAGCAGUAACCGUGGGGCCCCUGGCCGUCCCUCAGCUUCCCAGCCUGAUGCCCUCAUUGCUGACGACAAUGAAAAACACCAGCGACCUGGUCUCCGGCGACGUCUACCUGCUCAGCGCCUUGGCGGCCCUGCAGAAGGUGGUCGAGACUCUCCCCCACUUCCUCAGCCCCUACCUGGAGGGCGUCCUGGCACAGGUGAUUCAUUUGGAGAAAAUCACGAGUGAAAUGGGUGCAGCCUCCCAGGCGAAUGUCCGUCUCGCGUCUCUGAAAAAGACACUGGCCACCACUCUGUCCCCCCGCGUCCUGCUGCCGGCCAUCAACAAAACCUACAAGCACACCCAGAAGGACUGGAGGAACCACAUGGGCCCGUUUAUGAGCAUCUUGCAAGAGCACAUCGGGGUCAUGAAGAAGGAAGAGCUCACCUCCCAUCAGUCUCAGCUCACCACGUUUUUCCUGGAGGCCCUGGACUUCCGAGCACGGCACCCUGAGAAUGAUCUGGAAGAAGUUGGAAAAACAGAAAACCAUAUCAUCGACUGCCUGGUAGCUAUGGUUGUCAAACUUUCCGAAGUCACAUUCAGACCUCUGUUUUUCAAGCUGUUUGAUUGGGCCAAGACAGAGGACGCCCCAAAGGAUAGACUGUUGACGUUUUACAACUUGGCGGAUUGCAUUGCCGCAAAACUGAAAGGGCUCUUUACUCUGUUCGCCGGCCACUUGGUGAAGCCUUUUGCUGACACCUUGAACCAGGUGAACAUCUCCAAAACAGAUGAAGCGUUUUUUGACUCUGAAAAUGACCCUGAAAAGUGCUGCUUGCUCUUACAGUUUAUCCUGAACUGUUUACAUAAAAUCUUCCUGUUUGACACCCAGCACUUUCUAAGUAAGGAGAGAGCAGAAGCCCUGAUGAUGCCUCUGGUGGACCAGCUGGAGAACCGGCUGGGAGGAGAAGAGAGGUUCCAGGAGCGGGUGACGCGGCACCUGGUCCCCUGCAUCGCCCAGUUCUCGGUGGCCAUGGCCGACGACUCCCUCUGGAAGCCCCUGAAUGUUGGGAACACUAGAACUCUAUUAUUGCUGAAGACGAGAGACUCCUCGCCUAAGGUUCGAUUUGCUGCCCUCAUUACCGUGCUCGCACUGGCGGAGACACUGAAGGAGAAUUACAUCGUCUUGCUACCAGAGUCCAUUCCCUUCUUAGCUGAAUUGAUGGAAGAUGAGUGUGAAGAGGUGGAGCAUCAGUGCCAGCGGACAGUGCAGCAGCUGGAGGCUGUCCUGGGGGAGCCGCUGCAGAGCUACUUCUAACCGGGGGAGGGGUUCGCACUCUGUUCAGAGUUCGGAUUUACAUUUUAUAUUUUUAUUUGGGGUGUUUGGUGCCAUGUUCGUUUUGGUGCCUUCACACCAACGUGGACUUGACAAGAUUCCUCCCUGGUUUGUACUCCAUCCAACCCCUCCUGCCAUCUGUACAGAAUUGCAAAGAGUAAAUGACACGUGGUGGUUUGAUACAGG